AUGCAGGACGGACUGGACCUGAGUGCAGUGGGGGCAAAGCCUCUGAGUAAACUGGCCAUGUGUCUCAAGCCACGCUACCAUUUUGCAGCUCUACACCAAACCUUCUAUGAGAGAAUACCGUACAGGAAUCAUAAAAUCCUCCAAGGCAAGCCACAUCAUGUGACACGAUUCUUAGCUUUGCCUCAAGUGGGAAAUCCAGACAAGAAGAAAAGAUACCUGUAUGCAUUCUCUGUCACACCCAUGAGCUCCAUGGACGAGAAAGAGCUGACUCAGCAACCACCCACUGCCACCAACUGUCCCUACACUCAACUAGUCAAAUCUUUGAGGGAGUCUCAAGAGGAGGCUGGGCCUAACUUCUUCUUUGACCAGAGGGCUCUUGAUUCUGCUCAUCGCAAACAGAAGAGACAACAGGAUGGGGGACCCCCUGCAAAGAGACGACCCCCUUCCCAGCCCAGGGGGCUGUGCUGGUUCUGUCUGGGGGGCAAGGAGGUGGAGAAACAUCUCGUGGUCUCCAUCGAAGAUCAUACGUACCUGGCUUUAUCCAAGGGUGGGAUGGUACCAGAGCAUGUGCUGGUCCUACCCAUCGGUCACUAUGCAGCCUCCACUGACGCACCACCAGGGGUUUUGGAGGAGCUUGGAAAGUUUAAGAGUGCUCUGAGGAAGUACUUCAACAGCAAAGAUCAGUCGUGUGUCAUCUUCGAGAGAAACUACAAAUUACAGCAUCUUCACCUACAGGUUAUUCCAGUGACCAAGAUUCCAUCUGAUGCUCUGAGACAAGCCUUCAUAGAUUAUGGGCGGAGUAUGGGGGUGUGGCUUGAGACUGUGCCCAGGGAAACACCACCCUCAGAGGUAACACACACACAUCAUAGCUGUACCAUGUUCUACGUACCAUUCUCUAAGCCUUUUAUAGCCUCGAUUCCAGGCCGAUUAAAAUACGGCCUGGUACCUAUUGCAUGGUGAUAGUGCGCAUGCGUUAGUUUAUUCUCCAGAAUCCUUUCUCUCAUCUAUUUUCUAUCUAUGUACAUCAGCUUAGUAUUGCGUUGUUUCAGAAGGCUUUCACACUAGUCUAAAUUCAGAAGAGGCUCUCAUCUACCUCUAUGACGGUUGUAUGGUCAGGAUGUCUUACAUUGGAUCUGUACAGUCUAUGGGAAGUGUAUGGUGCCUCUUGACUUCUACUUGCGAAGACAACCCGGCUAUAGGACCAUCCUAGAUAUAGUAAAUGAGAGCCUCUUCUGUCUUAAAAUUAGUGUUCAAGCCUUCUAGACCAACGCAAUAGAUGACAUAAGCCACAGCUUCACAGAACUCAGUCAUGGAGAUAAAGUAUUACGGAACAUUAUUCUUAGUAAAUGGUAUAAUUUACGUUCGUAGUACGAUUACCCAUAUUCUGAGUAAUUUGAAGGGCAUGCACACUAUCACCCAUGCAAUACCAGGCCAUAUUUUAAUGCGGCCUGUAAUCGAUGCUAAUAAGCGUAUACAAUAGUGGCUAUAAGCCUUUUAGUUAUCAAUACUUCUCUUUACCAGAAUCUAUUAGUUUUGCUACACACACACCGUCCC